UCGGGUGAAAGUACAAUAUUACUUCCAACAUAAAUCCACUACGCUACCUUCGUUUCAUAUGGUGACAGGAUUAUUUUUGAGGCAGUUGCAUUCGGAUUAGGAAUUGCGAAUUACAAUGUCUGGUGUGUCCGCGGGUGAAUGCGACUGUCAACAUCGUUUCCGAUGUUUAUUCUGCUCUGACACGGAAGAGUUCUGUAAUUGUUUCGCAGACAAACAUCACGAGCACCCCCGACAGAUGAUGAUCUCGGACGACCUACUAUUGGCCCAAUUUGGUACUACAACAGAUGAGUCGGAAUAUGAAGAAAUAAAUAUAUUUGACUGUCCGUAUUGUGACCGCCGGAAGUUGAGCAUCUCCAGCCUAAACGAUCAUCUCUCAUUGGAGCACCAGAGCAUUUCUUCCAGUGUUCGCUGUCCAGUAUGCGUUUGUUUUAACGAUAGCUAUUUAUUGCUAGGGAAUACACAUCUUUCUGAACACCUCACCACGAAGCAUAGUGUUACUCUUGAUCAAUAUCAAGAAUCUCUUCUGGUUUACGAUAUCUACUGUGACGACGAAAGAGGUUUACUGAAAUUCAUAGCAGCGACACUUCCUCCUACCGAUUAUACUAUGAAGAAAGAAAACAUAGUGUCGAGUUCUGCUAUUGACCAAGAAUCUGAUGAUAGAACGUCAUUAAGGAAAACAAUUGGCCGCAUAUGUGCAAUCUGCCUGGAUUUAAUUUUUGAAACAUGUGGUCGUGAACUGAUAUGCAAGCACAAAUUUCACUCAGAAUGUAUCAAUCGUUGGAUCAUCAAAAGCCCCACCUGCCCCGUGUGUAGAAUUUCUAUUAUGCGUUAAACAA